AUGCAAUUCACACACCGCUCGUUAGGCCGCAAACACUGUCUCAAAGCUGCUCUCAAAGCCAUGCGUGUCAUUGUUGACAAAGAACCCGAGCCCGAAGCAGAGCCUUCUGCAGGAACUUCGCAACCCAAGGUCGCUUCAAGACGCAAACAACCUCCCCGGGCAUCGCAACGUAAACGCAAGGGGCAGCAAGGCGCUGAGCAGGAAGCAGGGGUUCAAAGUCUCGUCAAGUGUGAAUAUAACGUCGAGGAAGAUGCCCAAGGGGAGUGUUAUUACACGCAAAAAUGGAUGAUCACGCCCCACUUAUCUCUCACUAUCGUCCUCUCCAUUGUGAUACACCACAGCAGCCGGCUAGCCUUACAGCAGCUGCAACCGUUUCCUUCUUUCAAUAGCACAGCUCUUUCUCCUACAUACCUAAUUCCCAAGUCAGCCAGCAUGGCGGUAUUGCCUCACGGUCCAGCUCUGGUGGUCGAUAUACUCGUCAACGGCGUGCUACUGCAAGAAUAUCGCGCGACGUCGAAAGCUCGCAAGAUCUACUCAACACAGUCACCAAGUACAUCGAAGCCGAAUCAGAUGCCGAGUUCUCCAUCAGACUCACGACCUACGACCCUCUUCCAUCACCGGAUUUCGCCGUAUACGUUUACCUUGAUGGCAAGGAAGUGA